AUGGCAAACUACUGCUUGAGCAACAUUUACCAAAAUGUCCACUUGGAUUACUGCACGCAAACCGUUUCAAUUUCGAAGUACUGCCAGUGUGGCCAGUUUCCUAUGAUUGCUUCCAUCUUUGCCUUUGCCACCUGUGGAGGUUAUAAAGGCAAAACAGAAAUUCAAGUGAGUUGCCCUCCUACAAUUACUGACAAUAAAACUGUUACAGCUACUUUUGGUUAUCCAUUCAGAUUGAAUCAGGCAUCAUUUGAGUCACAUCCAGUCGUAAAUGCGUGUGAUGUAAAUUGGAAAAGUGAAGUCCUCAUAGGAGAUUACUCCUCUUCUGCACAAUUCUAUGUUACAUUUGCAGUCUUUGUGUUUCUGUACUGCAUUGCUGCCCUUCUGCUUUAUGUUGGCUACACAAACCUGUAUCGGGAUAGUCGUAAACUUCCCAUGAUUGACUUUGUUGUUACAGUUGUUGCCACUUUUUUGUGGUUGGUGAGCACUUCAGCCUGGGCUAAAGCUCUUACAGAUAUUAAGGUAGCUACUGGUCACAGUAUUGUUCAGGAACUUGCGCCUUGUAAGAAGGUGGGAGUGGCAUGUCAUUUUGGCUCUGUGACCAGUAUGGGAUCCCUAAAUGUAUCUGUGAUCUUUGGCUUUCUGAAUCUGAUACUUUGGGGAGGAAAUGCUUGGUUUGUGUACAAGGAGACCAGCUUACACAGUCCAUCAAACACUUCUGCCUCCCAUAGCCAAGGAGGUAUUCCACCUCCUUCCGGAAUAUAAUUAAAGGGAGAAAUACACUGUAUGAAACAUAUGAUGAUACUAUGACAUGUUGCCAACAUCUUGAGAAGCAUUAUUUGUUUCUAAUAAAAGUGAUGGCUUUUUAAAUAAAUUGGUGGGUUUAAAAUUUUGCUGCUUUUUUACAUUAAAGCCUGUGCCUUUCUAGAAAUUUGAGAUGUAAAUGUAUUCUCACAUGUAAAUUUGAAAGUUCAGGGGGCUUGUUAUAAGGUGAUACACAUUUUUAAAUGGUAAUAUUUUCACUAAGCUGUUUGCCUUCCAAAGUGUUUACACCCUAAGCCUUAACAAAUGUGUCUUCACUCAGAAAAGAGUUAUAUUGUUACAUCUUAAUUGGAGGAAAAAAAAACCUUUAUUUGGAAUAUACACUACUGUAAGUUUGAACAGAUCAUAUACCUAAGAACUGUCUUUUCUUAAGAAAACCUUUUAAGUAAGUUGUAUUUAGAAAAAAAAUAUUUAGUUCAAAAUUUUAUCUAACAUUGUUCAUGCUAUGAAAAAUGUUUAAUUGCAAAGACUUGUAUGUUUUAUUUCUAUUUUUUAAAAUGACCUGCUAUACUUAAUAGGUGUACUAAAAUUGUGUUGUGAGCAGGGAUUUGGAAAUUCUUACAGAUGUGUAGUUAGUUAAUUUAGUAAUGAUGUUGCAUGAGGUAGAAGCUUCUAUUAUAUGCUGGUGGCUUAAUAGGCUUGCUGUAUAAAUAGGAAGAACAUGGCUCAGCUAGAUAUUAUGUAUGUAUGGGCAUUACUGUCAGUGAUAUUUGUUUGCUGUCCUUUGUUGCUCAUGCUAUUAAAGCACAGACUGAGUCCUAGUCUCCUUGUAAGCAGAACAAAAUAACCCACCUGUUUUUGCAGACCCUAUUCAGAGGAUUAAAAAAAUUGAUUGCCUUUCAAGUUUGAAAACUUAACAUUUAGAGUCAAUGAAGUUGCUAUUUUGAGUUUAGUAUUGAUAUUGUGAAAAUAAAAUUCAUAUUUCAUGUAUCUUAAUGUUCAUUCUUAUUUCACGAAUGAAUAAGGAAUUAUGCAUCGUAAACAAAGGAACCUAAGCAGGGUAUAAUAUGGGUGUAUUUUCUUUGCACACAUUUAGGUAUACUCACAAUACGGGCUUACUCAUGUUUUGCUUUCUAAUCUUUUUGUUGUACGGGAAUCCAGAUUUCUUAUUCUUACAACAUGAUUGUUUAUAUGUGAAGCACAUCUUUACUGUUGCUUUAUUUUUGUUGCUUUUAUUCAUGACAAGAAUUGUCAAUAUGAGAAUGUAUAUCUUUUUUGCAACCAACUUAAUAAAGAAGUUGAAAGAAACA